AUGUCGGCUUCCAACAAUUUUUCUACCGUCUCGCAAUUGUCUGCGCAGUGGACGAAUCCUAGCGAUGUUUUAUCACUUCUGCUUAUCAUUGGCGGUGACAUCGUUCAAACUGCCCUUGCGCAAACCGCCGGAGGUUGGAUAACGCCAGUAUGCUUCUCAUUCGGAUGGGUUGCGUACUCUUUCAGCACUGUUAUUCGUGUACUUGGUGAUGGACGCUUACUGCCUGUGCCAGACUACCCAGUCAAGGUCUUCAACCUCAAGUCUUCAUACAUGCGAGAGAACAGAAACUGGGUGCUCGGACGCAUCUUACGAGACAACGAGGUUUUUAUGAAUAAACAUGAACCAGACGCUGCAUAUGGCAUCCGCAUAUCCAUCUACGUGGCUGAAAAGAGGAAAUCUCGUUCAGCUCCGAUCCACAUGUCGGAACUAUGCUGGCUGAUGGUCACCUUAGUACAACUUGGAGUCGCAGCUAUCCCGUUAGCAAUAGAUGGUGAAUGGGGUAUCUUUCUCGUCACGAGCACCGGCAUCGCUGCGGCGUUUCUCGCAGGUCAACUACCACAAUGGAGAAUCGAGAAGCUACCGUUCAAACAGGAUAGCCAAAAGCACAUAGCACUCACAAGUGGCAAUGGCUCCCGAGAGAUCAUGAUCAUCUACGGUGCUGGAAACUGCCUGGAUCUGGAAGAGUUAGCAGCAGGAGAGAGUCCACGCUCUGAUCGUGCUUGGAAGAAAAGUCACGUCCUGUCACGUCCCGUGAAAGACAAAGGCGGGAAAGGAUUGAAGCACCAGGAUGAAAGUACGGCACGAAGAACGAUUAUGUGGCAAGGACUACCUGCCGGUCUCUGGAUCACUCGUCUCGCGUCUUUCUGCCAGAUCGUCUUCUGGGUGGCGUUGCUUAUUACCGUCGCAGGUUUAAGAUCGCACAGUUGGUAUCUCGUCGUCGUCGGGUCUUUAGGCAUGUUGCAGAACGCUAUGCUUGGAGCUGUAGCACGGAAGCCAGAGCGACGUGAUCUACCUCUUCGUCAUGUUGACACAAUCGCGACGCGGAAGGUCAUGGAUGGCCUCAUGGAUUUGGAAGCCACUAUCGGCGGUGCUGGGGUCCGUUUACUUGACGAAUUCUUUCCUGGAUUCCUUACUGAGAAAGAAAUUCAGUGGUGGGCUGGCGGGGAUCGAAAUAUAUAUGACAACGAGCGUGUGAGGGAUCGCACACGAGGUGAGCCACGCUCACGUCUAGAGCCACGGGAAUUGGGAAUACCGGACGUUGAUCUGAAUGGGAGGGGACAGAUGUACAGCAGAACAUCGACAUGGAACACGAUGCCUGAUGCAGCUGAAGAAGUAGAAAUGCAGGCGAUGCCUGCGCGCACGCAUGCCACGAUCCCUGGGGCGCAACGGAACAGCAAUAUUGAGGUUCAGCGGCAGAUAUCGACAAGUAAGCCACAGGUCUACACGGCGGCGAAAAAACUGGAUUCCUCAAUGGAUACAAUCUCAUCGCCGGAGUGGACCUGA